AUGUCCCCGACCAUCCCCGAGAACCAAUGGGCCCAGGUAGUUGAAAAGAAAGGCGGCCCUCCGGUGUACAAGCAGAUCUCCGUCAUCAAGCCGGGCCCAGAUGAGGUGCUUGUGAAAAUAAAAUACUCAGGAGUAUGCCACACAGAUCUGCACGCAAUGAAGGGUGACUGGCCGUUACCGCUGAAGUUGCCGCUGGUGGGCGGACACGAAGGCGCGGGCGUGGUGGUGGCCAAGGGCGCGCGGGCCAAGGGGAUCGAAGUCGGUGACCACGCUGGUAUCAAAUGGCUAAACGGAUCGUGCCUAGCGUGUGAGUUCUGCGAGACCGCCGACGAGCCGCUCUGCGCAAAAGCUCAGCUGUCGGGUUACACUGUGAACGGCACCUUUCAGCAGUACGCGAUCGGCAAGGCGACCCAUGUGUCCAAGCUGCCAAAAGAGGUGCCUCUCGAUGCAGUGGCACCCAUCCUCUGUGCGGGAAUCACUGUCUAUAAGGGUCUCAAGGAGUCUGGUGCGCGUCCCGGCCAGACGAUUGCUAUUGUCGGCGCGGGCGGUGGCCUGGGCUCGCUGGCGCAGCAAUAUGCGCGGGCGAUGGGGUUGCGCAUCAUUGCGAUCGAUGGUGGAGAUGAGAAGCGUGAUAUGUGCUUGAAGCUUGGUUCCGAGGUUUACAUCGACUUCACCAAAUCCAAGGACCUCGUCGGUGACAUCAAGGCCGCCACUCACGAAGCGCUAGGUGUCCACGCCGUAAUUCUGCUCGCUGUCUCCGAGAAGCCAUUCCAGCAGGCGAUCGAGUAUGUCCGCCCCCGCGGCGCCAUCGUGGCCAUUGGGAUGCCCGCCAACGCAUUUCUCAAGGCUCCCGUCUUCGAGACCGUCGUCAAGAUGAUCGAGAUUAAGGGCAGCUAUGUCGGUAACCGCCAAGAUGGGGUCGAGGCUGUCGACUUUUUUUCCCGCGGCCUGAUCAAGGCGCCGUUCCAGACUGUUCCGCUGAAGGACCUGCCGCAGGUGUUUGAGCUGAUGGAACAAGGCAAGAUUGCUGGCCGAUACAUCCUUGAAAUUCCCGAAUGA